UAUUAAUAAUUGUUAUAUUUAAAACAUGUCAUUUAAAUAUAUAUCAUUUAUUUUAUUAUUUAUUAUAUUUACAAAAUUUGUAAAUUCCACAACUUGUAGUGGUAAAGUAGAUUAUUGUGGCGUUUGUAAUGGUGAUGGUAGCACAUGUUGCACUAAAAGUUAUUGUGAUGAUCACGAUUUAUGCACAGUUGAUUCAUGUCCACCACCAUACACUCCAGUUGAUCCAGCAUUCCCAUUAGAUACAUAUUGUGAACACGUAACCAUUCCAGAUCCAUGGGCAGGUAAUAAAUGUAUUAAAGGUGUUUGUAAUCCAUUAGAUGGUAAAUAUACUCCAAACUACACCAAAUGCCCAGAACUUAAUGAAGAAGGUUGGAGAUUAGUUGGUUGUGAUCCAGCAGUCGGAUGUCAAUAUGAAGAACCAAAAGGAUGCGGUAUUUGUGAACUCCCAAAACCAUGUAAUAGCACUGCUUGUAUCAAAAAGACCUCAAUGGAUUGUGCUAAAGAAUUAGAUGGUCACAAGAUUGAUAAAUGCAAGAUUUACUCAUGUGAUCCAGUUAAAGGUUGUGUUAAAGAGGAUAAAUGCAAACAAGGUCCAAACCCAUGCCUAGCCCCAGUUUGUGAUUGCUUUACCGGUAUGUGUGGUGUUAAAAGAGUUAAAAAUGAUAAAUGCAAAUGCGGUUGUGUAGAUGAUGACAAGCUUGUUCUAGGAGGUAUCCAAAUCUCAUUAGGUUUAAAAGUUUAAACUAAAAUUAUAUCAAGAAAAAACUAAAAAGAAAAAAAGGAAAGAAAAAAAUCAAAAAAAGCAAAAAACAAAAAGAAAAAAAAUCAAAAACGUAAUAGAUUCACACCAUCUAGAUUAAAUCUUUUUUUUUUUCUUUUUAUUUUAAAAGAAAAGAAAAACCAAUUGAUUUAUUCCUUUAAAUCUAGAAAAAUAAUCUAUUAUCUAAUCUUUUUUUUUUUUUUUUUUCUUCCAUCUUUUUCAAUUAAUUUUUUUCUAACAACAUACAAUUUUUAUUUAUAAUCACCUAAAUGUAUUAUUAUCAUUUUUUUAAAAAUAAAGAAUUCUUUAUUUUCAAUUUACACC